AUGACCAAGUCCUCUUGCGAUUCUGGGCCUUGGUGGGUCUAUGACGACCUGGCUCCGUGUUACCGUCACAGAUUUACCCAGCUUUAUCCUUUUAUAACUCUGAUUGUAGUUUCAGCAUCGGCUCUCAUCUUGAGAAGUCUUUUUUUCGUUUAUAAAUCUCGAGGAAAGUAUGCCCGCCGCCUCCUGACGCCGGCUACCGACUCGGAACGCCAGCCGCUCUUGACUCAGGGUAGCAAUGCACCUCAUUACGUUGAAACACCUAAUGUUGUUCCACCAGAUCUUGAUUAUACCCAAGAAACACGCCCUGUCAGUGAUAUUGUACCAUCUUUCGACCCAUCCCCUAAAGCUUCUCACUUUGCAGUCAAGAAAGAUAGCUCCACUUCUCCGCUUUUUUCUUCUUCCGACAACUCUGACACGGAUGUUGAUGAAGACAACUCUUCUACUAUUUCUGCCGACUCUUCUGCCUCGUCCCUACACUUGCAAGAACAAGAAGAAACAAACAAAAAGGAUUACGCCGAUCUUAACGCCACUGGGGAUGUUACCAUUGUCACUGUCACUCGCUCUACAGCAGAAAAUGUGCGACUGGGGGUGGAGUUCGUUUGUAACGUUGUUCUCGUAGCCUCCUCUUUAGCUGCCUUUUUUAUCCCCUCAAUCUCAAAGGAAUGGACCAGCCCUGCUUUUCUUACUGCAAUUACAGCCCUUUGGACUUAUACUCUUGCGCUCAUUUCCAUCCGCUUAUACCUCAUUAGCAAAUCAAUCGUUCCCGUCGUGCCUCUCUGGGCUCAUUCCACCACCAUUUAUCUUUUGGCCUUUCUACUCCACCUCGUCACGUUUCGCUCAGCCAUUUUGCAUCCUGUUUCUCGCAAAUCUCAGCAAUUCAACAUUGGACAAUCUUUGUUGGUUUGUAUUUUAUUUUUGACGAACUUUACCGCAAAAAUUGGCGAUGCCCCAGCAAAGAUUUACAUUCAAGGAUCUGCAUUCCCUUCGCUUGAGCCAAUCUCUAGUAUUUUCAGCAUCAUUUCUUACUCUUGGAUCGACUCUACUAUUUGGAUUGGUUAUUUUAGAUCAUUGACUGCUAAGGACAUUUGGGAGCUCAAAGAUGAUGACCACUCAGUUGCUGUUUUUGAUUCUUGGGCAGUUUCCACCGCUGAUUCUCCUGCCUCUUCUUCUGGUGGCACCACAGAAAAGCGCAGCCUUAUUUUCAGUCUCGUGAAAUACUUUGCCAACUUGCUAAUUAUUUCUAAUUCUUGGACAUUUUUGUACUCUCUCCUCUCGUUCGGCCCUCCAUUCCUUCUCAAAGUUAUUCUUGAAUACGUUGACAAUCCCUCCCGUACUCCAUCUAGUGUUGUGUGGCUUUAUGUUUUUGCUUUGUUUUUCUGUGGCGUUAUUUCAAAUUCGGUUCAAGGCCAAUCCCUUUUUAUUGGCCGCAGAAUUUGCAUUCAGCUGAGAUCUAUUCUUAUCGGUGAAAUUUACACUAAAACACUAAGAAGAAGAGCCACGGUUGCUAAAAGCAGCAAACUUGGCCAAGCUGAUGAUGAAGAAGGAGAAGAAGAAGCAGAGAAUGAUAAUACCAAGGAUGACAAAACAACCGAUAAGGACGAUACUCAAGCAAACCAUGGUGCUAUUAUCAAUCUCAUGGCUGUUGAUACUUUUAAGGUUUCUGAAAUCUGUGCUUAUCUUCACUUUAUUUCUCAGGGUGUCUUUGUUACUGUUUUGUGCGUUUUUUUCCUCUAUCUCCUUAUUGGAUGGAGUUCUUUUAUUGGUGCUGGUUCUAUGAUCUUGCUCAUGCCGAUUCAGUUCCGUUUGUCGCGAAUGUACUCCAAGUCACAAACGCAACUUAUGGCUGCUACCGAUCGUCGCAUUAAUAAACUUAAUGAGGUUCUUCAGAGCAUUCGUAUCAUUAAGUUUUUCGCUUGGGAAGAAAAAUUUUCUGAAAGUGUUAUGGAGAUUCGUGAGGAAGAACUUAAGCACCUCCGUACUCGUUAUAUCCUUUGGUCGGCCGCUACACUUGUUUACUUUACCAUCCCAAUUGUCGUUACUGUUCUCACAUUUGGCUCUUACAUUUUCAUUCAAAAACAUCUGCUUACCGCACCUGUUGCCUUCACUGCUUUGGCUUUGUUAAAUGUUAUGAGAAAUCCCGUUGAGCAAAUGGCCGAAGUAGUUACGGAGCUUUUGCAAGCUAAGGUUUCCCUCGAUCGUAUUGAAGACUUUUUGAAUGAAAAGGAAACUUCAAAGUAUUCACAGCUUUCUGUUCAUCCUACCUCUGGUUCUAACACAAGAAUUGGGUUUCAGAACGCUACAUUUUCCUGGGAGUCCUCUGAUAUUUCAAACACCUCCAAGACUGAUUUUAAGCUUCGUGACAUUGACGUUGAUUUCAAGGUAGGCGAACUCAAUGUAAUUAUUGGUCCCACUGGCAGUGGUAAGACUUCAUUACUUUUAGCAUUACUUGGUGAAAUGGAACUUGCUGCUGGAUCAAUUUACCUCCCUGGAGGAUGUCUUCGUGACCAGGUUGUCCCCGAUGCCGCUACUGGGCUUGCUGAAACUGUUGCUUAUUGUUCUCAAUCCGCCUGGCUUUUAAAUGAUACUUUGCGCAAUAACGUUUUAUUUGGCAGCGAAUAUGACCAUGACCGUUAUAAUGCAGUCAUUGAUGCUUGUUCUCUUCGUCGCGAUUUGGAGAUUUUGGAUGCUGGUGAUCAAACUGAAAUUGGUGAGAAGGGAAUUACAUUAUCUGGUGGCCAAAAGCAACGCGUUUCACUUGCCCGCGCUUUCUACUCCAACUCUCGUCACCUGAUUCUUGAUGAUUGUUUAAGUGCUGUUGACUCGCACACCGCACUUUGGAUUUACCAACACUGUUUAACAGGUCCCUUGGCUUUGAAUCGUACCAUUAUUUUGGUUUCGCACAAUGUGGCAUUGACUAUUUCGCAAGCUUCCAAGGUCAUUGUUAUGGAUAAUGGCCGUGUCAAGGCUCAAGGUACACCCACUGUUUUACUUGCUCAAGGCCACCUUGGUGAUGACGAACUUACUAGUGCUUCCGUCACCAGAGCUGCCUCUUCCGUCAACCUUAAAGCCCAUGGAUCUAACAGUUCUGCUAUUGCAACUUCGGUUCACAAUCAACUUGUUCCUAAGACUUUUGGUGAGGAGGUUGCGGCUAAACUUUCCGAAGAACCUGACCCAUCCAUCAUUGAAGAAGAAAAUGACAAGAAGAAAAAGAAGAAGGGUUCUGGUAAGCUUGUCGCUGAAGAAACUAAACAAGAAGGAAGUGUAUCUACUGAUGUUUACUUGGCAUACAUGAAGGCUAUGGGAGGCAAGUCAUUCUGGAUCUUUUUGAUUUCUCUCUUUUUAUUCCAACCUGUUCUUGACAUUACCAAAUCUUGGUGGAUUAAAAUUUGGACGCAAGCUAUUACUGAAAAGAACCCUGAUCAAAUCACCGUUGAAAAUAUCCACUACGUUGCACCGUCCCUUCUUUCUCAUUGCUAUUCUUAUCUUUACUACCAUUCUUUGAAUUUUCUUUCUAACAGCAACAAUGCAGGCAUUGCUUCUACUGUUCGAGCCUGGGACGAAAAAACGCACGGUUCAGUCUUUUACAUGGUGAUGUACAUUGUCAUUAGUAUUGUUUUUGCGACAUUUACCACUUUUAACGUUUUGGUUAGUUACCUGGGUGGUAUUAAUGCUUCUCGCAAGCUUUUCAAAAAACUUCUUGAUAAUGUUUUGCAAUCCAAAAUCCGCUUCUUUGAUUCUACACCUAUUGGACGCAUCAUGAAUCGAUUUUCUAAGGACAUGGAGGGUGUUGAUCAGGAACUACCCACUAUGGCUUCGUCUGUGUUUCGUUUCAUUUUAGGUUCCCUUGCAACCACCUUUCUUAUUGCCUAUAUUACUCCUGGCUUUUUGAUUUUCGGUAUAUUCAUCAUGAGUCUUUAUUGGUUGAUUGGCAUCUUUUACUUGUCUGCUUCUCGUGAGAUCAAACGUAUUGAUUCAAUUUCCAAGUCACCCAUCUACCAACACUUUGGUGAAACUCUUUCAGGUGUUUCCACCAUUCGUGCCUAUGGCGUUGGUAAUCGGUUCAUUUCUGACAGUUUCUCCAAGGUGGACAAUAACAAUCGUCCAUUCUUUUACUUAUGGGUUGCAAACAGAUGGCUUUCCUUUAGAAUCGAUCUUGCUGGUGCGCUGGUUUCAUUUUCUUCUGCAGCCAUGAUUAUCCUUAACACCAAGGGCCUGAGUGCUGGUCUUGCAGGUUUGUCGCUUUCUUAUGCUCUUACAUUUAAUGACUAUGUUUUGUGGAUUGUGCGUUUGUAUGCUGUAUUGGAGAUGAAUAUGAACUCUAUUGAGCGUUUGCAGGAGUACAUGGAUAUUGAAAAAGAGGCGCCAGCUGUUAUUGAGGGUUCCCGUCCUCCUGCUAACUGGCCUAGCAAAGGUGAGAUUGAAGUCCACGAUUUGUCUUUACGUUACGCUCCGGAUCUUCCCAUGGUUAUCAGGAAUGUUACAUUUAACGUGCCAGCGUUUAGCAAGAUUGGCAUUGUUGGCCGGACGGGUGCCGGCAAGUCGACCAUCAUCACGGCGUUUUUUAGAUUUUUAGAGGCCGAGACUGGAUACAUUAAGAUUGAUGGGAUUGACAUUUCUAAAAUUGGUCUUAGAGACUUGCGACAAAACCUGGCGAUUAUUCCACAGGACCCCACACUGUUCCAAGGAACAAUUCGGUCAAACUUGGAUCCCUUUGACCAGUACACAGACGAUGAGAUAUAUGAGGCUCUGCGCCGCGUGCAUCUAAUCAAACCAGAAGAACUGUCGUCAAUUGUGCGUCGCAUCAAGGGCAAGGGCAAAUCUAUUUCGAGCGGGCACUCGACACCUUUACGUGCAACAACAGCAAUGGACAGCGCUGCAUCGUCAGCAAUUGCAGCUGCAGCAGCUGCCAAGGCAGCAGAAGGUGAGAAUGUGAAUCUAUUCCAUGACUUGAACACUGCUGUUGCAGAAGGUGGGUCCAACCUGUCACAAGGUCAGAGACAGCUCAUGUGCCUUGCACGGUCGUUACUCAAGUCACCAAAAGUUUUGUUGCUAGAUGAAGCAACUGCUUCAAUUGAUUAUGAGAGUGAUGCACAAAUUCAAAAGACUAUUCGAGCAGAGUUUGCACAAACAACAAUUUUGACGAUUGCGCACCGACUGCGGUCGAUUGCGGAUUACGAUCGUAUCUUGGUGAUGGAUGCUGGACGUGCAGUUGAGUAUGAUCAUCCUCAUGUGCUGCUGCAGAACACCGGGUCUAUUUUUUACUCCAUGUGUGCUAACUCGGGUGAGCUUGAAACGCUACUGGGUAUUGCCCAAGCUGCCUACGAAGCUUUGUAA